CUAUAAAGCAGCUGUACAGAAGAUAAUGUCAUUAUUCAGAUCAAUUCGGUUCCAGUUUUGUUCUCAUCUGAUAGAGUCAGUGCAGUCCUAUGGAUUAUAUUACUGAAUAUUAAUAUGUCUGUGUGUUUUUUCUCUCCGUCAGUCAUGUUGGUUUUACUCGCUGCCAUCUUCCUCCUCCACAUCGCCUGCAUCUGUCUGCUGCUGGCCGCCACCAUCCAUAACGCCUGGUGGAUGACCGACUCCAUGUCCACUGAUAUUUGGGCUCGCUGGACUCUGACUGGAGGAAACUGGAACUACACUGAGAUUCCUGCUCACUAUCCUAAAGAGUAUCUGCAGGCGGUCCAGGCCAGUUCUGUGCUCGCGUGCAUCUUCUGCAUCCUCGGCCUGUUCGUGUUCGUCGCUCAGCUCUACACACUACCUAAAGGAAAGCGCUUUCUGUUCACCGGAGUCUUCCAGCUGCUGGCCUGUACGUGUAACACACACUCACAUACACACACACACACACUCACUCACUCACUCACUCACUCA